UCUUACUGUUGCCCGUACAAAGCAUGGGAACACGAGUUAAAGAGUCUCUCUGUGACGAUGAAACACCCCAAACUAUGACAUUUGGACGCUUUGCAAUAUAGGAAUGCCGCACCCUAAACUGACAGGGAUGGGGACCGCGACUUCUUCUUCAGGACAGGCGCCUUAUGUUUUUCGGCUUGUCAAAGUUAAACGAAUAUAGUCUUAAGUAUAAUGGCCGACUACAGACUGUUUUCAGAGGGAUGGCAACUUUUAACAACCCUCUCUUGGACAUCCGGAGACUCUUGCAAAAACUUGUGAUCAUGUUUUCAUUUGGCGCUAUAUGCGUAUCUCUUCUCUACCUUUUGCUGGGAUGCUGCGAGUCGGACAUCUCGAACAACGCACAGCCGUGGACUUUAACUGAAUGGUACCGCGAGGGCGACAACAAAACCUUGUUAAGAGAAAUAUUAAAGUCGCCGGGUUACGUGCUGGAGGAGAGUGUGGAUGCAAACAGCUCCGGGAAAGAUUGGACUGCAACACGACGGCUUCCUCAGGCUCUCAUCAUCGGAGUUAAGAAGGGAGGGACGCGAGCGCUGCUCGAGUUUCUGAGACUUCACCCGGACAUCCGAGCUCUCGGCUCCGAACCGCACUUCUUUGACAGACACUACACGCGUGGACUCAACUGGUACAGGAGUAUGAUGCCAAAAGCUCUCGAGGGGCAAAUCGUAAUGGAGAAGACGCCCCGAUAUUUUGUCACCCCGGAGACGCCCGCCCGCAUCCAUGCCAUGUCACGAGACAUCAAGCUAAUCGUAGUGGUGCGAGAUCCCAUCACCCGCGCCAUUUCGGACUACACCCAGAUUAUUUCCAAGACCCCCGACAUUCCCAGUUUUGAAAAGCUGACUUUUAAGAACAGAACCACGGGUCAGAUAGACUCCCUUUGGAGCCCGCUGUACAUCGGACUCUACGCCAAGCACUUGGAGCGGUGGUUGGCCUACUUUCCGCUCGCCCAGAUCCAUUUCGUCCACGGUGAGAGGCUGAUAAGCGACCCCGCGGGCGAGCUAGGCCGUGUGCAAGACUUUCUAGGUUUGCAGAGGAUCAUUACAGACAAACACUUUUAUUUUAACAAGACCAAGGGCUUUCCAUGCCUCAAAAAGCCCGAAGGCAGUAGCAAACCCCACUGUUUGGGGAAAACCAAAGGAAGAACUCAUCCCAAAAUUGACCCAGAGGUCAUUCGGAAACUUAGGGAAUUCUACCAGCCACACAAUCUUAGGUUUUAUCAAAUGGCAGGCAUGGACUUUGGAUGGCAAUGAGUGUUUCUUACUAUAAAUGUAUAAUAAGAAACAUUUCAGUGGGUGUUGGUACUGUAGAUACCUGUGUGUUUACAAAAACUGAUAACUAAUGGUGUUUGUCUAGAUCAGUGUUUCUCAAACUUUUUCAGCCCAAGGACCACUUCAUCUUCCAAUAUUUUUCUGAGGACCACCUAACAGAAUCUGACUCUAACACGCCCCCAAAAAAACAACAAAAUAGGAAGGAUAAGCUAAAUUUAAGUUUAAUAUGCAACUGUUUUAAG